GCAGGUGGUUGGAUCAUAUGAUGUUGUCAGGCGAAGCUGAGGAAGAGCAGGAUCUCUGAAUCACUGAAUCACAGCCCACAUCAAUCCCUACAUUCAAAGUUGCGUGCAGCUGACACUUCAGCAACCAUCAGGCAGGAUGUCAUAUGGUUCCAUUGACAGCGGCUCCUUUGGCAGUCGUAACCCAUUUGGAGGUCCUAUGAGGCAGGGCUACCAGCCAGUAGCCACACAGGUCAGCCCCUCAGAACUGCAAGAUGUGUUUCAGGAGACCUCCUCCAAUAUCUUCCAGAUCAACGCCAAUGUGGUCACACUAGAGAAAAAUCUUCAGUCACUGGGAACGUCUAGAGAUACCGCAGAGCUCCGACAGAGUCUGCACUCCACUCAGCAGCAAACCAACAAAGUCAUCACCAGCACAAGCCAACUCAUCAAACAGCUCUCUGAUAUAAUCAGUGGCUCUUCACGGCAAGACCGUCUGCGACUGACCAGACUAAAGACUGAGCUCUCUGAGUCUGUGCAGCGAUAUGGGGAUCUCCAAAAGAAAAUUGCGGAACGCUCAAGGGCCCUGCUCCCUCCAGCACAGAAAGACAAGAAGAAGAGUCCUCAGACUCCAUCCAGUGAGCAGAUAGAGGAGGGUCCACUGUUUGGAGCAGGCUCAGAGGGAGGAAGUCAGGCUUUCCUGUCUGAGAUCAGUGAGGAGGACGUGGAGGUGCUCCGUCAGAGAGAGGAGGCCUUGCUUCAGAUUGAGAGAGACAUGCUGGAUGUCAGUCAAAUCAUGAAGGAUCUGGCCAGCAUGGUUCAUGAACAAGGAGAUGCAAUAGAUAGUAUUGAAGAUUACAUCCAGACAGCUUCUUCUAAUGUGGAGUCAGCCAAUCAAGAACUCGCCAAGGCCAACCAAUACCAGGUAGCUGUUGUCAUCACAGUGUCACUGCACUGCUCCUGCCCAGUCUGAUCCUUGACCUGAGCAGCUGAUUCCCAGUAGGAGGGAGCAGCCCUGCAACAAUAUCUCUACUCCAUCAUCUCUGGCUCUGUUUACAUGUGUGUCAGUCUGAGGAUGGAGGCCUUUCUCAGCAUACCUCCAGUCUGCGCCUCUUAUGAAAUCAUCACUGUUCUCACUAGUGUUUCCUUUUUUUUCUUCUUUUUUUUAAAUGCAGCAGCUGUUUGCUGUAAUCUGAAAGUUAAGUCCCAAAUGCAAAUUUAGUGAUCGCAUCAGAGGCACAAGCUGGGCGUUUCCUGUAUUAAAUGUAACGGGUAAUGCUCUGUUUUGCAAACCUUCAGCCACAAACACUAAAUCAGAUGAAGGAGAAGCUUCAGAGUGACACUGUCUUCAGCUGCUGUAUAUUGUACGCUUCCUUCCUCGCAUUUUUACUGAAAUGAACUUCGUAUUUAUUAGCUUGCAGUGUAAUUAUUAUCAUUAAUAAUCACUAUUAUAUUACAGUGUUUGUUGAUAUUGGUAAAUACUGUUUGAAUAUAUAUACCUUCCAAAAUAAAAGUCUAAGUUCAGCAGCAAGCGACAUGUUAUGAGAUGAAUCUUGCUUAUUUAUGCAUCGUUAUAUUUAUGUUUUAGUCAGUGAAAUGUUUGUUUUAAUUCCCAUGUCAUUUUUAUCAUGACUUUAAGAUGGUCUAAAGUUGGCAGGGAUGGACGCUGCCCACCUAGAAAUAAAUUUUGCCCCCACACCUACAGAAAAUACAGAGUUCGCAUUUUAAACUUCUUUAGCUGCUUUGCAACCCACCUCUCCUCCAGCAUCUGACCCCAUCAUUGGCAUAUCCAUUGUCAUACUGUGAUGCUGCUCUGUGCUGUUUUGCUGCUCCGAUUUUUCAUUUAUCCACAUAGAGGGGUGAGGAGGUCCCUGUACAGCCUGUAUCAGUUACUGUAAUUGAUUUAAAAACACUCUCUAUUUCUUUGAAAUGUGUCUAUA